UUACAGGUUAUGGCCGAAGAUAAUUGUUCAGGGAUAAUAACUGGGGUUCUAGUGCGGGAUUCAAUUAUAAACGGGCAGUUAAUCGGUGGGACGGUGGAAAAUGAUCGUCGGGAAAAGUUGAACGAAGAUUUCCAGCAUCGAUCCCCUCAAGAAUUGGUACGAACGUGGGUGAAGUUGCUGAAAGAUAUUUGGAUUGGGGAGGAAAAAAGGACUAUUAAGCAGGAAUUAUGCCAAUCAAUCCUGAACGAAAUAUUCGAUGAAUGCGAAAAUCCGAUGGAAACUGCUCUUGUUUUGCACAAAUCAUGUCCAGAUUAUGGGGCACAAAAAACAUCAAGUUUAGCUGGUUUUGUUUUACGACAUCUCGAGCAGUGGCUGCAAAAAACGGAACGAAACGAUGAAUUGUAUGAGAGGCUAGAUCGGAAUGUGAAGAUUGAAGCUUUCGCUGUCGGCACAAACAAACAUACAAUGCAUCUGGAACUUAUCACCAGUAUAUUUCAACUGAAAAGUGAUGAUAUGGCAGACCAUAUUCUUCAGGCGGUAAAAGAUAUGAUAGCGAUGGCAAAUUAUCGUGAUGCUAUCUCCUGUGCAACGUUGUUUGGACUGCAGUCUCAUUUUGCACUUAUUGAAUUAGUUAUUCCAUGCAUGCUGCAGGAUCGUUUCACUGCGGUUGACGCAUUCAUCAAAAAUGAAAGAAAGAUACAGGAAGAACUUGUACGAUAUUUUGACAGUCUUGUUGGUCUCGAUGAACGAACAGUUGUUCAUCGUUAUGAGGAUUUCCGUAGAAGGAAAAUUAUGACCAUUCCAAUAUCAAAGCUACAAAAGAAGGCUAUUGAAAAGCUUGUCGCCAAACUGUUGGCAACAUAUAAUUUAUCAUCGCAGGAAGUGGCACCAAAUUUAUUCCGGUUUAGACGGGAAGGUGCUCUCAGACAUAUCGCUUUUAUGUAUUUCGUUGAACAUGGUAUCACCGAAGAAGGAUAUUUUGAUUAUGUAGCUCAAGCUUUACAAUCGGACUUAGCCCUGCAGAGAUAUUUCAUUAAUUACCUCUGUUCAAACGGAUGGUUCAGUGAUGCUGUUCGAUGGGUUGUUUUUUGCAACAUGAUUGAUUGUGCUCCUCACAGUUUGCAACCUUACUUGUGCAAUAAUACAGUCCUUGAAGCUCAGGCUGAUUUAGCAAGAAUCAUAUCGGCGAGAGCGAGUGUUGCAAAUGUGGAACUGUUCUCAGGUCAUCCUAUCAAAGUGAUUGCAACUCCUGAAGAUUUGGAGAAGCUUUACCCCGUUAUUGAAGAAGCCGACUUGAUUGGAAUAGAUACUGAGUGGAAACCCUUGUUUAUGUGCACAAGUGAAAGAGUAGCACUUUUUCAAAUUUGUGUUCGACGCUGCAGCUACCUUGUGGAUGUUAUCACUUUGGAAGACGUGCUCACGAAGGAACAGUGGACCCAGUUUUUCAAAGCUUUGUUUUCUGAUAGUCCUGCAAUAAAAUUAGGGUUUGACUUUCUAAACGAUCUAAGGGUCUUGCAUGCUUCUUUUCCUUAUCUACAACCUUUGGAAGAGAUGAAAAAUGUGAUUUGCGUAUUGAAGCUGGUGAAAAACCUUCUGACUUCGAAUCCAGCAUUUCUUGACUUCGGCCACUCAGCUAACCUUUCAUUAUCAAGCAGAAAUGAAAAUUUAUUGGAUGCAGUUUCUGAUGAAACAGUACAUUUCCGACUCACUGAUCUAUGUCAAAUGGUACUUGGUGAGGCUUUGGAUAAAACAGAGCAGAUAGGCAACUGGGCUAUGCGCCCUCUUCGUCGUGAGCAGAUGAAAUAUGCAGCUAUGGAUGGUUAUUGCUUACUGGAUCUUUACGACAAAUUAAAGAUAAGAGCUGAAAGAGAAUACAAUAUGGAUUGGACAAAACACUGCAAGGAAUGUGAUGUAACACAAAUAAAGUCAAAGGAAGAGAGGAAAGCCAGAAAGAAAGGAACCAAAUUAGACGACAAGGAAUUUGAACUAAUGAUCGAGCGUGUAAAUUGUGGCCUAAAUGAUUCGCAAAUGAAAAGGAAACCAGAAGAUCUGAAGAUUAUUGUCGAUUCAAUGAUGCUUGGUCUGGGUAAACACCUCAGAAGGUGCGGUAUUGAUACGAUAUUAGCGGAAACGAGAAGUUAUUUGAUUGAGUGCGCAGAAAGAGAUCCAAAUCGAUAUAUAAUAACGUGUGGGAAAGCCAUAGAUGAACUUCGAAGACAUCGCUCUCUGAGAGGAACGCUGCGUAUACUGUCUAUCCCAAACGCUCAAAAUAUGAACAUAAUUCAGCAGAUCGAAUUUGUCUUAAGACAAUUCAAUGUGCAUUUAUCCAAAGAUGACGUUUUUUCACGCUGCAUGAAAUGCAAUUCGAAUUCCUUCGUGAUCGCUCCAUCUCCCGUUUUAGAGGCAAUGCAUCAGGCAAAUAUUGCCGCAUCGAAUCCAUUUAACGAUGACCCUUAUGAUGCCUCAAAAUAUAAUGAAAAAAUGCGAGAAGUUGACGCGGAAAUGUAUUCGGGCUACGGAUGCGAUUUAGAAGCCAGUGAAAGUGAUCGCUCAUGGAUCGUAGCACACUGUCAUAAUGGUAUCUUAGACAUCAAGAAUUGUCUGGUCACUGCUUUUGGCUGUGAUGUGCCAGCUGAAGUUAAAAUAGAAAAAGUGCCUUUGCAGAUUUUGGAAAAAAAAGGCAGGUUUUUUUACAUCUGUGGUGUUUGUGGAACAGUAUAUUGGGAUGGUUGCCAUAUUGUUAAUUAUAAUGUAUUUGUCGAGCCCCUUUUGGCUGAAGAGAAAUAAAGGGAAUAUCGAAUGGGGCAUGAAUUUUUCUUUGAAAACUUCUUAUCGAUUUAAUGUUCAAAACGCGAACUAAAAAAGAAUUCAAGAAGUGCGAAAUGUUCUCCGAGAAGUGUUCUCCCUGUCGAGUUUGGAACGAUUCAGCUCCUGCGAUUGCGUUUAAAUGAUUUUGUCAAUCUCUUGCUCAAAUUUUAAAAAUUGC